AAUCAAUCGAUCACUAGAAUCACAGCGCCACCUCUGUGUCUCUGUUUCUCUCUCUCUUGAGAUUGAAUUGAAGAAGACCAAGGGCCAAGCUAAGGAAGGAGUGCCGCAACGAUGGCAAUGCCCAACGCUUUCUCCGCCUCUUUUCUCACGGCUCUUCCCUCCAAUGCUUCCGUUCCAAAGCUUCUCGCUUACUAUCCUCGCGGCUCCUUCUCGCCCGAUCCCACACUUCAUGCGCCGAUUAGAAAGAUUUAUAAGAUCGGUGCUUCAGUCGAUGGGGUGGAUUCCAUCGGUGCUACUUCACUUAAGCAUGAGCUGGAGAAUGAUAAUGUUCCCAUGCCUGUUGUUCUGAUAGAUCAGGAUUCUGAUCCUGAUGCAACAAUUGUUCAAGUUAGUUUUGGAGAUCGCCUUGGAGCUCUCUUUGAUACGAUGAAGGCACUUAAAGAUUUGGGCUUGGAUGUUUUGAAAGGGACUGUUAAUACUGAAAACUCGGUCAUACAAACAAAAUUCUUUAUCACUCUAUUGGCAACAGGGCGUAAAGUUGAAAAUCCUGAUCUCCUGGAGCGAAUCCGUUUAACCAUUAUCAAUAACUUACUUAAGUAUCACCCGGAGUCUAGUGAGAAACUUGCAAUGGGUGAAGCUUUUGGAAUAAAACCACCAGAGAAAAAGGUUGAUGUUGAAGUUGCAACUCACAUACAUGUUAAGGAAGAUGGACCUAGGAGAAGUUUGCUCUAUCUAGAGACUGCAGAUCGUCCGGGGCUACUUUUGGAGGUUAUCAAAAUUAUGUCAGAUAUCAAUGUGACUGUUGAAUCAGCAGAGAUUGAUACUGAAGGGUUGGUGGCAAAGGACAAGUUUCAUGUCAGUUACCGAGGGGCAGCAUUAAACACUUCCUUAUCUCAGGUUCUUGUGAACUGCCUGCGUUACUACUUGCGGAGGCCUGAAACUGACGAGGAUAGCUACUAGGAUGGCUACUACUUGUCGACUGCUGUAUGAUCUUAUGUGAGCAUGUGCAACCCUCUCAUACAUUCAAAUAUUUAUGUAAUUGUCACUAGCUUAGAUACUAUGAAUUUCAUCCAAGGCUUAAAUAAUUGCCAUUUGGUGGAAAUCCAAGAUUCCUCUAAUCUCUGACACUGCUCAAUAAUGCAUGUAUUGGUCGGUUCUUACACAAUUAUACCGUGUUGUCAAGCUUGUGUUGUAUACUUUGUAUACUUCUUUCUCUCUAACUUCUUACUACAUUGAAAUA